AGCCUCCAGACCCUCCACCACCAUUUGUAGGACCAUUGCAUCAGGCCUUAUGAGCAGAUGUUCCACGAACAGAUGAAAGUGCGUCACCACCACCGCGAUGAGAUCUAGGGUGCUAGCUCAGUUGCAAGUCACCAAUACUGCCGUCCAUGGUGAUGCCAAAAUAUUCACCAAAAAUGCUCAUCCCUUUGACCAGUUUUCUUGCGUGGUUUUGGAACCUUCAUUUAUGGCCUGGUUAAUUUAUGUCUGUCUCAUUACGUCAGCUGGUGGUUGUGCGUUUAGUGGAGCUCGCUUCCAAUCGCUUUAUGCUCUCUCUUGCCAUCCGUGCGCAUUUCCGAUUCAAUCAGUGCAUGUGUUCAACAUGUUCUACUCUUUUUCUCUGCUUUGCUAGAUUUGUUCUUCUACUAACUUGACUAGAC